CCCAGCGCGGCCUCCCCCGCCCGGUGCCCAGCCCGGCCCGGCGGCUCCCUCCGCAGCUCUGCUGCAAUGAAGGAAGCCUGAGUGCUUGACAGGCAGCUGGGAAUUCUUCAGUGCCACAAGGCAAACAGCCCUCCAUGCUCCCACAGCUGUACCUGCCCUUGGCUCCUCAUACUUGCCUGAGGACUCUGCAGGGCCGGCAGCACUCCUUCCUCCUGCCAACCCAUUUCUUCCCUCCCUUUUCCCAGCAGUCGUGUUGUUUGCCAGGCAGGAACAGAAGAAGGACAUACAAUGGUAUGGGAAAGGAACCUGAUCUAGAAGGCUGUCGUGUUAUGACGACCCCCAACAAAGGAAACAAGGCCUUGAAGGUGAAGCGGGAGCCUGGCGAGAAUGGGACCAGCUUGACAGAUGAGGAGCUGGUGACCAUGUCUGUGCGGGAGCUCAACCAGCAUCUACGGGGCCUGUCAAAGGAGGAGAUCAUCCAGUUGAAGCAGCGUCGGCGCACCCUGAAGAACCGGGGCUACGCGGCCAGCUGCAGAGUCAAGCGUGUUACCCAGAAGGAGGAACUGGAGAAGCAGAAGGCAGAGCUGCAGCAAGAAGUGGAGAAGCUGGCCUCUGAGAACGCCAGCAUGAAAAUGGAACUCGAUGCUCUGCGCUCCAAAUAUGAGGCUCUCCAGAACUUCGCCAGAACCGUGGCCCGGAGCCCUGUGACCCCUGCCCGGGGGCCUCUCACCUCCAGCAUGGGUCCCCUUGUCCCUGGCAAGGUGGCUACUACCAGUGUCAUCACAAUAGUGAAAUCCAAAACGGACGCCCGGUCUUAGUGAAGCAAGUGUUGCCUGAGAUUGUCUGUGCAGGGCAAUUAGGCACAAAACCAGCCUGGAAUCCCCAAAGCACAAGCCCUCCCUACACGGGUCUGGGUUCCUUCUACUUGGCCCAGGACUGGCCCGCUGACCACUCCAGUUUUAUUUGUCGUGUCCAGAUUGGUAUGAGCAGUGGUGACGCGCCCGGUGUCCAGUGCAGUGCCUCCCACCCGCAGCCCUCAGGUGCCCUGGGCACAGGCUGCCAGGUCCUGGUUUUCCAGCCAAGGAGAGUCUGUGCAGCAUGGCCAGCAGCAGGGUGCCGGAGGGGCUCAGGGGAGGGCUGGGGGGAGGAUUUCUUCUGGGUACCAGGAAUCCUGAUUUUUGGUCGCUUCCAAAGGCUUUAUUUCAUUACUCUUCCCAGCAGUGCAUCUUGGUGCCUGGCUGUCGGACGCCUGAACCUGCUGCUUGUGUCUCGUUUGGUACCGUAGUCGCAGUGGGGGUGUUCUGUGUGGUAGGUUUGUAUUCCUUUCUAGGUGUGCCUCUGUGCCCUGACAGUGGGUUCCCUUCUGAUGUCCCUUGCAUUAGCCAUGUAAACUAGCCAUGGUGGAAGGAAGGUGCUGGCAUGCUCGGUUGCCUCUGCCUGGUGGCAGGGAGAGAGCUGGGAUGGGGCCCAGCACUCCCAGGAGGUAGGGAGGGAGGGAGGGCAGGAAGGCACCGUGUUGACUGCAGGCCGGUUUUGUGCCUAACAUGUUGCACUGAACAAGACCAAAAUCACUAGUUGUUCCUGUGCUUUGAGGGUAUCAAGUGUCUCUAGUGUGAUGGUUUACACAACCAGUUUAUGUGGUUAAAUAGCCCUUUAUUUAAAGAGAGAAACAUCAUUUUAAGAGUUAUUAAAUUAUCUAAGUUUAAAAUUAAAAUCAGACAAAAGAGAGAGCGUAUUUAUAGUCAGCUUUUUUAUCUGAGAGGGUGAGAAUAUUUGACCAUGUGAAUGGCAAAAUAUUCUCGGAGACUUUGCUAGUUAAAAGUUAAUAAAUAAAUAAUUUUAAAGUUUCUCAUUAACCUCCCGCAAACUGUUUGUGGCUCUGAGGUUAGUUUUCAUAAAGAGUUACCAGACUUUAUUUAUAAAACUUUACAAAAAGCAAACAAAAAAAACCCCAAACAAAAACAACAAAAGUGGAAAGUCCUGUUUGAUAUCUUUUUGCAAUUGUACCAAAAGUGACUUAUUCUCAACCUCGCUGGCUUCUGUGGUGUCCCCAUGUGUGGCGCUCCCUGAGCUCUCUGUGGUGCUGUCGGUGCUGCCUUUGCCAUGUGCUGUUCUGUCAUGCUGCCAUCAGUGUCCCUACGCUCGAUGAGAGACUGAGCUGGGACUCUGUGCAGGUUCUCCAGAAGGAUUUUGGCACAUGGGCAAAGGUGCUGCAGUUCUUGAAAGCAGAAAUGAAGGGCGAGUGGUGCCUGUGUACAGCAAUGCUUCUCCACAGGGGCUGCAGGAGCAUGGGCAGCUUGGCCUAUGGCUGACACCGGGUGGUUUAGUUAUCAGAAUGGGGAAAACAAAGUGCUCUCCUUCCUCCAGCAAAGCUGGUAGGGAAGUAACACAAGGGAGAAUUGCCCCAGAUUAGGAGGAGGCUGGUGUGAUUUAACUCUGGCAUUGGAUCCUGUGGUCAGAACUCAUGUUGCUCUUGUAGUAGGUCUGCCCAUGUGCUGGGCAGUGUGGGACCAGCGCUGGUCUGGAGAACAUGAGCCUGUAGCAUGGUUACUGUUGGUUCUGGUGCAGCUUCUGUCUGUCUGUAGGUGUUGAAAGAGUGCUGAGGCUUACAGCUGUAACACAGCUGAGAACCUG